AUGCAGCAAAAACCAAAACCAAAACCUCCAACACAUCCCCAUCGCCCUAAUAUCUCCCAACUCUCCCGUCUAUUCAUCAUAGCCAACACACUUAAUUACUGCUACCUCUACCUCGCUCUAAUCGUCACAAUCUACACCCGACUUCCAAAAAAUAACACGUCGCUGAUCGGGGUUCCUAGAAUACCCCUGCAGGUUCUUCCUCUCCUAAGAUCCCUCCAAGAGAUAUCCCGGCGUUUCUUCGAAGCACUAGGUCUAUGGACCAAUCCUCCACCAAAUCCCCCACCACUCCCCCCAGCCAAUCCCCCCGAAAAUCCCGAUAACCAAGAUCCCCCGGACCCAGACCAUCCCUCCUCCUCAGACGAUGAACCAUCCGAUAAUUCUUCCCACCACUCCUCCCAAGAGACCCCCAGCCAUUCCUCCUCCGACUCCAACUCCGGAACCCCCCCAUCCCCGCCCCAGAAAAGCUCGCUCUCAAAACGCGAUAUUUAUGAAUCUGAAGAACGACUAGCGCAUUAUUAUCAAUCGUUGAAGAAGGAUCCGAAGAGUAUUAGGCGGAAUAAGUGGAGAGAAGAUCCGCAGUUGGGGGGGUUGGAAAAUCAGGUUUUUGAGGGGAUAUUGGGGGUUGGGGGGUUUGGGAGUGUUUAUCUCGUCCUCAACACCCUCACCCAAAAACGAUACGCCCUAAAACUCCAAUCCGAAACAGCCGACCAACGUCUCUCGCGCCGCAAACGCGAGCAGCCCCCCACUCCCCACACCCCACCCGACCCCCUCUCACAUACACCCCCCAUCACCCCCUCAUCCGAAGCAACCAUCACCUCGCCCACCCUCAUCGCCGCCCGCAAUCUGCUCUCCAAACGCUACCGCGAAAACCGCUGUUAUCUGCAAUACAUCAAAUCCGGACAUCCGAACAUCUGCGCCCUGGACGCCUUUCUCGAUUUCACUUCCCAAUUCGGCGCCGUGGAAGAAAGAGGCAUCGUUAUGUUCGCCUCGUAUUACGAAUACUGCGAUGGAGGAGAUCUCUUUAGAAUCCUAAACGGAUAUCAAGAAGGACAUCGACAAAUUGACGCCGCGAAGGAAGAAAGAGGAAUGAUCCAUAUUGUCAACCUAGGCUGGCGCAUGCGGCGCGAACCCUAUCUCCCUCUCCCUCCUCUAAUAGAACGUCGAUACCCCCCCGAACUCUUCCUCUGGCAUAUAUUUUCACAGCUCAUCUCCGCGAUUCUCUUCCUGCACAACGAACAUCCGGAUUACAACACACUCCCCGAACAUAAAAACCGCGCCAUGGUCAUCACAAUGGAUCUCGCGCCGCAGAAUGUCUUUCUGCAGUGGCCGGCCCAUGCAUCUACCCCGGAGCAGCGACGAACCGUAUACCCCAAUAUCAAAGUUGGGGAUUUUGGGACUGCGAAUUUCCUCCCGCAUGGUGGACGCAUUCCCGCCGAAGAGGGCGUUGAAGCGGAGACCCCGGAUAAAGAAUACUAUGAUGCGCGCACAGAUGUCUGGACGGUGGGGCAGAUGAUAUAUCAUUUUGCAACGCGAGUGCAAGAUUGUGAGCCGAAAGAGAAUAUUGAGGGGAUGUAUAGUGCGCAGCUGAAUAAAGUUGUUCGGGCUGCGAUGAAGAAGGAUCGGGAAGAGAGGAUCGAAGAGAAGAAAUUAGGAAGGCUUCUUCGAGCGGGUUAUGAGAGGAGGAUUCCGCAUAUGUUUAAGACGCUUCCUGAGUGGGCGAUUUCGCAGGAAAAUGUACUGAAGUAUCGGUUUUCGGAACGGCAUGUGAAGGAAUUGUGGGAGCGGGAUUGGAAUUUGAAGAUUGAGCAGGAGGAGGAGGAGGAGGCGAAGGCGGUGGAGGAUGAGGAGAGAGUAUUUCAUUUGAUGUUGUUGGUGAAGGAGAGGAAGUUGAGGUUUGGCAUUGAGUUGGAGGAGGAUGAGGAGGAUGAUGAAGAGCAUCCGCUUUGGAUACAGGGGUUGAAGGAUGAACAACCGGAGCUUUAUGCGGAACUUUUGGCGGAGGCGAGGGAGAAGGUGCCGAGUCCCAAGGUGCCUGAUUCGGGAGAGAGUGAGUGA